UUCGCUAUAAAGUGGGCUGGGGGAGGAGACAACAACCGGAGACACAGAGAGAACGAAAGUAUAACAGACAGGGCAGUCAGGAGAGGGAACUGCAGACAGGGCAGGACAGUGAGGAGAGGGAACAGCAGACAGGGCAGGACAGUGAGGAGAGGGAACAGCUGACAGAGCAGGACAGUGAGGAGAGGGAACAGCUGACAGGGCAGGACAGUGAGGAGAGGGAACAGCAGACAGGGCAGGACAGUGAGGAGAGGGAACAGCAGACAGGGCAGGGAGGAGAGGGAACAGCUGACAGGGCAAAGACUAGCAAUACAGGACGAAGUAGAGUCAUAGCCAGAGCGGAGAAGUUGCAGAGCUCUGAAGGAGGACACAGAAAAUUCAUACAAUACAACAGAGAGAGAGAGAGAGCGCAGGAGUAGUCAGAGAGAAUCGAGAAAGCAGGACUGGGAGCAGGCUGCAGCCUCCUACCUUUUUGCUAUUUGACAUGCGCCUGAUCCAGAACAUGUCGACCAUCCAGGAAUAUGGCCCACUGGAAUAUACCGCCAACAACCGGGUGGUCAAGAUCGCAGUGAUCGGCGGCAGCGCCGUCGGGAAAACCGCUUUGGUGGUGCGAUUUCUGACCAGAAGAUUCAUUGGAGACUAUGAAAGAAACGCAGGUGCUUUAUACUCAAGACAAGUCCAAGUAGAUAGAGAGCAGAUUGCACUACAAGUUCAGGACACACCAGGUGUUCAGAUAAGCGGACCAAGUCUGAGCUGCAAUGAUCAACUUAACAGAUUCAUACAGUGGGCUGAUGCAAUUGUACUGGUUUAUUCAAUCACAGACUACAAAAGCUAUGAACUGAUCAGUCACCUCCAUCAACAUGUCUGCCGUGUGCACUCCGAGAGUAGAGUUCCGGUCAUAGUUGUAGGAAACAAGGCUGACCUCCUUCAUGCUAAACAAGUGGAACCUCACCAUGGCCUUCAGUUAGCAAACAUACUAGGAUGCACCUUCUAUGAGGUGUCUGCCAGUGAAAACUAUAAUGAUGUAUAUAAUGCUUUUCAUGUGCUUUGCAAAGAGAUUAGCAAACAACAAAUGAGCAGCAAUACUGAAAAGAGAAAAACAUCCAUUAUACCGCGACCAAAAUCACCAAACAUGCUAGAUUUGAGGAGACGGUUUAAGCAAGCUCUUUCUGCUAAAGUACGGACUGCAACAUCUGUCUGAGGUAGCAGCUGAAGGUAUUGAUAUUCUAAACUAAAACUGAUGUUUCAUCAUGCGUGUAAGAGAUGAGGACAAGUCAAACUGAGCAUGAGAAGAUCUGGAAAGACAGUACAAUACUCAGUCAUCUGUGCCUUUGAUCAUUGCUCAGUUCGUAAAUCUAUGAAUUUUAUGAACAUCGUAUUCAUGGCAAAUGAUGGGAGUAGACUGUUGAACUGUCAGAAAUCCCUGACUCAACUUCUGUUGAGGGCUUCAUAGAAUUUGUUAAUACAUCUUUGUAUAAAAUGAAGAAGAUGCAGUGGUGAUGGAUAACUAAUUGGGACAAAACUGUUCUUUAAAACAGUACCUUUUUUUGUUUGUUGUAACUCCAAUUGUUCAAUCUAGAAAGAUUGUAUUUAUCACUUGAACUGUUCUGUGCUUACACCAAUUGCUUUCCAUUUUUUCUAGUAAAGUGACUUGCAUUCCAGCAUGACGAACAAUGAGGAGGUGAUGGUCCCACGCUGUGGGCAGUGCAUGGUAGGAAAUCACAAGUGCAUACCUGCUGUUGCCUUGUUUGAGAGCUGCUUCCCCCUGGAAGUAGUGAGGAGCAUAGAAUUGGCCUCAUGGUUGCCUCUGCUACAUUACAUAAUGGACUGCUGUGCAAGUAUUUCAAUAAGCUUGAUACAGUCUCAGUCUUUGCAGCUUUUCAGUAAGCUAUUCUGAUUUAAGUAAACACAUCUAUCACACAACACAGGCCAUACUAGUCUAUUUGCAUUCCAUUCCAGUAAAACCGGGCCUCUGUGCCUUCUCAAAUUAUUUAAGACCUUCUGACCUUCACAUUCUCCCCCCACCACACAGCAAUCUUGAUUGUGUAAAGAAAAUAUUGCAUAAUGGCCUACAAUUGAAUCUAAUCUAUGAUAUAAGACCACAGGAAUUCAAUUGAAGCUUGUUAAAUAAAAACAGGCAAAUACCGUCCAGAGAGACAUUCUAAACUGAGCACUGACACCUGACCUCUGACCUCUGUGUUAAGUGGGAAAGCUUUCCCCAUGUGCUAAGUGCAAAGGGAAUGGAAGCCAGCUUCUAAAUGCACUUUAUAAAAGCCACUUGUGCUUUUGCUUUAAUCUGUUUACAGCAGUGAUUCCUCUCCAGAGGAAAAUGGAUUUUCCAAUAUUUUGACAAAUAAACAUUUAAACAAA